AUGAGCAAGAGUGGUAUUUCAAUUCCAACUGAAACGAUUGGUUCGAUUCCUCGUCCGGACUACCUGUUAAAUGCUAUGCAACAAUUUGGAGCAGGCAAUCUAACAGCUGCAGAAUUAAAGGCAACAAUGGAUAAAGCCACCUUGGAAACAAUUCGUAGAUUAGAGGAAAUUGGCUCGCCAGUUAUUACCGAUGGAGAGCAAUCCAAACCAUCAUUUGUUACCUAUGCCAUUGAUGGUUCAAAAUCCAUUGUUCCAGGUGGUGUCACUAUCCCAUUCGCCGAUGGACACACCCGUCAACUUCCAUCAGCCAGCGGUAAAUUUGCCUACACUCACUUUGCCUCUGAAUUUCUUUUGGAGGCAAAGAAAUUAACCUCAUGUCCAAUCAAACAAGCUGUUAUCUCACCAAGUGCCAUGGCAUUGCUCUAUCCUUCAAGUGGAAUCCCCAACUAUACUCGUGAUCAAUUCAUUGCCGAUGUUAUUGACCAAUCGGUAUUGGAUAUCAGAAAAUGCUUGGAUGGUGGUGCAUCUUCUGUCCAAAUUGACUGUACUGAACUACGUCUUGCACUUAAACUAGAUCCAAGUGGUUCAGUACUCAGAGAAUUCGUUGAUCUUAUCAACAAAGUUUUGGAGAAAUUCACCCCUGCCCAAAGAGCUUUGAUUGGAAUUCACACAUGUCCAGGUGCUGAUCAAGAUGCAACCCAUUCUCUUGAUGUUGAUUAUGCAGAACUUAUCCCAACACUUUUCAAAAUCAACGCUGGAAGAUUCUACAUGGAGUUGGCAGCAGAAAUCGAUAGAGAAAGAGUGUUAUCAAUCAUUUCAAGUCAUCUUCGAGAAAAUUGCAAGGUUUUCUUGGGUGUUAUCGAUGUAAAUGAUCCUCGUGUUGAGACUCCUGAAGAAGUAAGAGACAGAGUGCUGGAGAUUGCAAGACAUAUCCCAGUUGAUAGAUUUGGAACAUGUGAUGAUUGUGGAUUCUCUCCAUUCGCUGAUGACAAAUCAACUUCUCGUGAAACUGCAUUUGCAAAGAUUAGAGCAAGAAUUCAAGGAACCAAGUUGGCAUGCGAUAUGCUUGGUUUAUAA